AAUUAAGAUUAUUAUUUGAAAAAUCGAGCGUUUCUGCCGGAAAAAUUAUUAGCAGCGCUAAGCGAAGAAAAUUUUUUGCCCAGUCACCGCAAAACGAUUUCUGCAAACGCCGCCAAGAAGUAAUUACAAUAAUUUCCAGCGAAUUGUGCAACCAAACAACAACAACAUUUUUCAAAAAACGCGCCAAACAAGCAAAAUACAUUUAAAAAUUCAAAAAAAAUUUACCAAAAAAAAAAACAGUGUUGAAACGCAUUCUAUCGAAGUUCCGGAAUAUCGGAAAUACUUGUCUGAUAAACAACAACAAUCAGUUUUUGACAGCCGCGUGUGUGCCGGUGUGUGUGAGUGUAUCGGUGUGUGUGUGUCUGUCUGCUUUUGACAGAUAAAAGUUGUCGCAGGAGAGUCGUUCGGCCGAUACGUACAAGCCAGAAAAUUUAUUAAAAAAUAAAAUAUAGUGCAAGCCAGGCCGCAGAGAAAAGUCCAUUGUUUUUGCCGGCAACGUUAAUGACGUCACGUCGUGCCACGGCCAGCAUUAAAGCCAACAACAACAGCAACCGCAGUAUAGCGCGUGUUUAGCAACAGCAACAACAAUAAAAGAGGUUAAAAAUACAUUACUACGGCCAAGUUGAGGAAGGAGUCAAGACGGGCAGCAGCUUCAACAACUUUACCAACAACCAGAAGCAGCACCAGCAACAGCAACAACAAACAGCAAGUCAGCUGGACAACCGAAGAUAAUGUAAAAUCAGCUUACACACAAAAAAAAAGCAGUUAAAUAAAAGCAAAAAAAUUAAUAACUGCGUCUAUCUAUAGAUCUAUAAAAAAACACACACACACAUCUAUAUAUAAAUAUUAUAAAUAAGCGUUCGAUUUGAAUCAAAAUUAAAGCCCAAGCUAUCAGCUAUCCCCACAAGCUUUGUAAUCCAAAAAACGCUAAAGAACAAAUCGAUAAAACUGAAAUCAUACCAUCUACUAUAGAUGCUAUAUGCUAUAUAAUUAUAUAGGUGCUGAUCUGUGCUCUCUUGAAUCUUAGUGUUUUUUGUGUGUGUGCGUGUCGCGGACAAGAGAAGAUUUGCAAACAAAAACAUUUUCUAGUCGCUAGGCUAUAUACAAAAAAAAAACUAUACAAAAUCCAGCUAACCCAGAUCCGAAUAGCUAUAUCUGUAUAACCCCGAUAUACACACGAUGGCCAACGUUGUCAAUAUGAACAGCCUGCUGAACGGCAAGGAUUCGCGCUGGCUGCAACUGGAGGUCUGUCGCGAAUUCCAGCGCAACAAAUGCUCGCGCCAGGACACCGAAUGCAAGUUCGCCCAUCCCCCCGCCAAUGUGGAGGUCCAGAACGGCAAGGUCACCGCCUGCUACGACAGCAUCAAGGGCCGCUGUAAUCGUGAUAAACCGCCGUGCAAAUAUUUUCAUCCACCACAGCAUCUGAAGGAUCAAUUAUUGAUAAAUGGACGCAAUCACUUGGCCCUCAAGAAUGCACUGAUGCAACAGAUGGGCAUCGCGCCCGGCCAGCCGGUUAUAUCGAGCCAAGUGCCAACCGUGGCCACAAAUCCCUAUCUGACUGGCAUUCCGGCCAACUCGUACAGUCCCUACUACGCAACGGGACACCUGGUGCCCACCUUGCUGACUCCGGAUCAUACGGCCGUGGCCUCGCAGCUGGGACCCGUCGUCCCCCAAACAGUGCAGGUGGCCCAACAGAAAAUACCACGUUCCGACAGAUUAGAGGUGUGCCGCGAAUUCCUGCGCGGCGCCUGCAAACGGGCGGAAUCUGAAUGCCGGUUCGCGCAUCCGCAGGAUAGCGUCGCCAGGCACGACGACGGCUCGAUAACGGUUUGCAUGGACGCCGUGAAGGGCAGGUGCGCACGCGACCCCUGCCGCUACUUCCAUCCCCCCCUGCACCUACAGGCACAAUUAAAAGCGGCCCAAACACGCGCCACCGCUGUCGCUGCUGCAGCUGCGACCUCACCCGUUACGGCGCACCAUCACCAGCAACAACAACAACAAUUGCAACAACAGCUGAACAACAACAUCAACAACAGUAACGCCGCAGCAGGUGCAGCAAUCACAUCGACAACAACAACAACCACAAACAACGCCGCUGCCGCUGCCGCCGCUGCUGCCGCCGCCGCCGCUGCCGCCGCCGUCAUGGGCCACCAUCACACUCACACACUGGAAGUGGGCAAGAAGCGGGCGGCGGACACAACUGAUAUGUUUCCACUGAUGGAUGUUAAAACGGUUGGUUCCAUUUACUAUGAAAACUUCCAAUUCUCUGGCAUGGUGCCGUUCAAACGUCCAGCUGCCGAAAAGUCUGGCAUUCCAGUUUAUCAGCCCGGUGCGACCGCCUAUCAGCAGUUAAUGCAGCCAUAUGUGCCAGUCUCAUGUGAGUAUCCCCAACAACAACAACAACAACUACCAGUACAACCACAACAACAACAACAACAACUACAUCAACAACAACAACAACAAAAUGUAUUACUACAACAACAACUACAAUUAAGUAGCGCCAUAACAACAACAACUACAACAGCAACAGCCAGUAAUAAUAUGAUUAAUAAUAUUAAUAAUAAUAAUACCAUAAAUGCUGUAACUGCUACUACCAAUAAUAUAAUAACAUCAUCAACAACAACAACAACGACAACAGCAUCAUCCUCAUCAGCAUCAUUAGAAACCGCAACAGCAAGCAAUGCCACAGCCCCCACUAACCCAAGCGACAGUGAUCGUGAUCCCGAUAAAGAAACCGAUACCGAUACCGAUCGCGAUCACAGUGAUCGCGAGAAUGCCACCUCUGCUGCUGGCGGUGGUGAUGGCAGUGACAAUAAUACAGCGGAUCAAGCUAACAAUCAAGACAGUGACCAAACGCUUCAGAAUCCUAACCCCAAUCAAAAUUCAACUUCUCCUAACGAUUGUAAUACAACACAAACAACGAAACCCACAACAGACGAUACAGAAACAUCAGACACUGCCCCAGCAGCGGCACCUGCCUCGCCCCCUAAUGGCACUCAAACGCCUCCCUCGCUGACACCGCCGAGUGCAACCACUUCGGUGGCUGAAAGCCUUCUGCCCCUGCCGAACGGCCUCGGCGAUAACAACAACUAUCUGUCCUACAUCAAUAAUAAUCUUACCAAUGGCUUGAAACCCAUCCAUCCGGACGAGGCAAAUGGCGAGUCCGAGAACAGCACUAGCAACAGUGGCGCCCCCGCGGCAGCACCCACCACCCCCCGCAGUUAUGCCAAGCAAAAUGGCUACUAUUCGGCCAAUGGCCACAGCACUGGCAUCCUGCCCACGCCGACCAGCUCGGCUGCCCCGGUUUCCUACCAGACCCAGGUCCAGGCUCAGACCAACCUGCAGCGCAUCAACUACGCCGUGCCAGCCUAUAGCUAUGGAAAUAUGUAUCCCUAUGGAGGGGUAACCUCCUCCAUGGUCAGCUUGUCCAGCUCCACGCCCUCUUAUGCCCAGGCCCAGAUGCAGCACCAACAACAGCAGCAGCAACAGCAGGCUCAGGCUCAGGUUCAGGCCCAGGCCCAGGCCCAGGUUCAGGCCCAAGCUCAGGCCCACGCUCAGGCGCAAGCUCAGGCCCAAGCGGUCUACGCUCAGCAGGCCUACGCCGCCUAUGCCGCAGCUGCUGGUCUGGCACCACAAGCUGCCACUGCCGCCGGCUACUACCCCGAUCCUGCCGCUCUGGCCAAGGAGGUGGCCCACAAGAACUACGCCCUCAAAGUGGCCAGUGCCGCUGCCAAGCCUGUGGCAUCUUCAGCUGCCUCGGCGGCUGCUGCCUACACCGGCAUGACCCUUAACAAAAGCUAUAUCGCUGCUGCAACAGGUGCAGCUGCCCCACAGCCCGUUCAGGCACCCCAGCCCCAGCAGGUGUCCAUGGCUGCACUGAUUCAAAUGCAGGCUCAGGCCCAAGCCAUAAAUGCCCAAGCCCAAGCUCAGGCCCAGGCCCAGUUGCGGCAGUUCGGUUCGCUACCCAGCUCCGGCCUGUCCACUCCAGUGCCGGGAACUCCGGUACGCACCGCAGCUGUCGGAGCCGGAGCUCCAGCCAGUCAAUAUCCAUCUGCUGCCCUGCUGCGCGCCCCCUCACCCAUGCAGUACGCUGCGGCUCCCAACUACUUCUAUCCCGGCAUGAUCCCGACUGCCGCCUAUGCCAUGCCACCAAACCAGGCUGCAGCGGCCCAGCAAUACGCAGCGGCCACUGCUGCUGCAGCCGCACAAGGGGGCUCGCAGGGCAGCGCCAUGGUUCUGAAUCCCUACAAGAAAAUGAAGACCUCAUAAGGAGCUAACCGGAGACUUACUAAAACCGAAAACCUUACAAUUGUACUUAAGACUAUAUGUCAAACUUAAUUAGAUUUAGACACAUCGAAGACGUAAAAUCAUGUGCCUCAGUUUUCUUGAAGAACGAGAAGUGGAGAGAAGCGUUUCUUAGACUUUAGUUUAAACUUUACCAUAGGCCUCAUAGCGUUAGAGAACGACCCAUGACACGAUAGCAAGAUCAGAUCGUAGAUCGAUACUACUAACCUUAAACGAAUGCCCAAAUCUUGCAACAAAAAAUAAACGUUAAUUGAUAAUUUGCCAUUAAGUUACUGGACAACAACAAAACAAACGAACUACAUAACCUCACUGUGACUAAAAAGUGUUGCCAUUUUCGCACAAGAAACGAAAAACAGAUGCUUUCAAAGCAUCACACUCGAACAGAAUCGAAGCAGAAGUUAGUUGAUAGUACUACCUAAGUUCCUUUCUCGGAUAGCAAUUAGUCAACUCUAGUUUUUAGAUAGAGGUCACAAAGAGAAACGAUUACCGAUUACCGAUUAACGAUUACCGAAAGGACAGAAAUCGAGAGAGAUGAAACCACAACGAAGAACUGUGAUAGCGAAAAGCUUUCCUGGGUCAAAAAGGAUGUUGCCAUUGCAAUGAUAAUGAUGAACGAAUAUGAGAACAGAUUUCUGGUGGUGCUGCCGAUGCUGGGUACAGUUGUGUGUGCUUGUUGCUGGAUGCUUUAAUCAUGGCGGUAGCUAGUAUAGCUGACUUUCUCUAAGGCUCCCGCCCAUCAUCAUGCACUGACUCUCUCUUUCCCCAUAUCGCUGUCUCUUAAUAAUACUAAACGAGCUAGCUAGCUAGCGUGAAUGCUGUUGUAAUUGUUUAAAAUUGUUGAGCAACGAGAAAUGCAUAACGAAUAUUGUCUAGUUUAUAUAGAUUACCUAUAUGAUAUACAUAUUUACACCUAGCUGUACGUGCUGUAUGCUGCUACCCAUAUACAAUACGAUAUAUACACUCACACUAUGUACUCUAGCACACUAUUAUCAUCCUUCCCUACCACAUACCAACAAAAAAACAAUUAUAGAAAAAUAGAAAAAAAAAGCAUAAACAUGACCAGGAUCGAUCUGUAAAUCGUAUGACUAGCUUACUAAUCUGAGAUCACAGUACAGUCACCAUUCAAAAUCACGAUCACGUCUCUCUAUCCGUUUCACUCUAACACACACUAGACACACACCCACACACUGACACACUACUUCUGACUGUUAAGCCAGCAAAAUUGAUUUAUGUUAAUAUUUUGUUAUCGAGAUUUAACUUUGAUCCGUUGACCAGAACUAUGUAAAACCUCUUGAUUUUCAACGACUAUCUCUCUCUAUCUCUUUAUCAAAAUCCUAUCAAAAUCCAACCAUCAUGC